ACAACUUCAACCUCCGCCCAAACGAAUACGUACCGUUCACCUCCCUCAUAUCCACUGUCGCCCUCGUUGCGCACCUCUCCUAACUAUGUCUGUCUAUCUCAUUCCCAACAACGCGUUGGGUUUCAACAGACCUUUCACGCAGCUCGUCAAGCAAGUCCUGACUAUCACGAAUAAAAAUGCACAGCCUGUAGCAUUCAAAGUUAAGACAACAGCCCCCAAGUUGUACUGCGUACGACCAAACUCUGGCAGGAUAGAGCCUGGUGAAAGUGUCGAUGUCUCCGUAAUGCUACAACCGAUGAAAGACGAACCACCUUUGUCGACCAAAUGCAAGGACAAGUUCCUGAUUCAAAGUACCCUCAUCACACCCGAAAAGGAGACACGAGACCUACAAGAAUUCUGGAAUGCGCAACCAGGCGUUGGUGACGAGUGGAAAGUUUAUCAACAAAAACUCCGUGUUGUAUACCUCCCGCCUGAAGGUCAAACUGUUGAAGAGGAGGAAGAGGAACCCCCUGCGCUUCCCCGCCCUUCUGUAGAGCCCGCUGGUGGACCAUCUACCUAUGCAACUCUUAGGGAUGCAGAGCCACGCGUUACUCCCCCUAUACCAGAAUUCACUUAUGGUGACGCAGUUCAAGUUGCACCGGCUGUGCAACCUCGGCGCUCGCCCACGCCGCCUGCACCCGAGCGAGAAGUGAACAGUUCUCAAGAGAAUGGUUCUUAUCGGGAUGAACUUGAUUUUCAGAGAUCUACUAGUGGCGGAGUUGGCGUUGUCAACGUCAACGUGCAUUCGUCAUCACCGCCACCCUCACCUCCAGCUGCACGGGUGCCCUCUAUCAACCAAGACUUGGAAUUGAAGUAUAUCGCAGCUCAGGACGAGAUACAACGACUUCGGGAUCUGCUUGCGGCUGUGCCUGAUCCAAGCUCUCUAGCGCCAGAGUCCAUUGCACCUACCUCGAUCGCUCCGUCGGACUUCCGAAGGCGACAUACAUCGGCGCUCUCAGACGACGGAGAGACGUAUGCUGGAUCUGACGUCGGCACCAUGGUGGAGCAUGAAAGCGUUAUCCACCAGGAAGGCGUUCCACUACAGGUGGUUGUUAUUAUUGCGCUUGGCGUUUUUAUCACAACGUAUCUAUUUUUCUAAGUAGCCGAGCAGGGACGUGCUCCAUUCAUCCCCUUCCUUCGUCGAUCCCUUCGGGCUCGCUAAAGCCAUUUCGCGCAGUACAUGCCACGCAUCAUAUACAAUAUUUUCUCCGUUGGUGAUAUGAAAGGGGUAUUGGGGAGUGUUGCAGUUCUCAUGACUUUUCGCAUUUAUCGCCGAGUUACAUAGUACGUUAGCAUUUUUCUUUUUUGUUGUGUCUGCUUAGUGUUAUCAUGUGCAUCGCUAUAUAUAAUCCGAUUUGAAUCACGCAAGUGUGGAUGUGGUUGACGUUGGGGAGCUGGUGUUCCAUGAUAAGCAGACAAUUUCGAGGCCCGUGCAUGUACACCGUAAUAGUACUAGCUAGUAGGAUGUACCCAGCGUUCUGUGCCGAUUAGUAGAC